AUGACAUUCGCUGUUGGUACAGUGACCGGGUUGGAUCAGGAACUCGACUACAAGCGAAAAGAACCGGGCGAUAAGGAAGAGACCAUGGAGACCGACGCCCUGCGAGCGGACGGCGCGCCGCGCAAACGCAAGAGGGCCCGGAAGGUGAACUCGGAUCGGAAGUUUGAAUGUACACAUGAGGGCUGCGGCAAGAGUUAUUCGCGUGCCGAGCAUCUCUACCGCCACCAACUGAACCACACUCCCAAGCAGAUUUAUCGAUGCGACUUUCCGGACUGCUACCGGACCUUUGUACGGCAAGAUCUAUGCGUUCGGCACCGUGAACGGCACACGACACAAGGCUCUCAGCUUCAGAAACGGGACCAUUUCGCGCAAGCGGCUUCGCAGAAUAAACAACAAAGCCAGUUGCCUCACAAUGUGGUCGAUAAUAAUGUUCCGCAGAUGGGCAGCACCCAGCAGCCGCCGAUCUUGCCCGCCACUACCGUUGAUUUGACAUCGGCGCGCUCCGUAACCACUUUCCCAGAAGGCGGGGUGGAGACUCUGACACCGCAGUCGGCUAAUGGUUCCAGCAAGCAUAUAUCAGUCUCAUCGUCGGCGUCGAUGUCGCUCGGCCGACCCCUCAACUACCAACCGUUGGUUGCUCAGCAUGGUGUGGGGACACCAGACUCGACUACAUCGAGGUCUAACAGUUUGAGCAACCAUAGCAUUAAUUCUCCUCCUGGUCAAGCAAAUGCUCCCUUCAGCCCUCCAGACCUGCAAAAGCCAGCGUAUGUGCCGCUCACCGGCCGCCACUCCAUAUAUCCGUCGGGCAGCCCUAGUGAUCAGACAUGUCAACUGACCGUACUGAAUCCCAUUUCUAGGACAAGACCUCAAGACGCUACAGCAUACUCCAUGUCAGCCGACGUCAACGGCUCUUCAGUAGUUCAGUCGCUGCCGUAUGGCUCUCCCACGGGCCUUCAAAUGCCUGUCGGUGGAUUUUCCGAUCUUUCGAUGAAUACCGUGCCGCCCUCCACCCAGGCGUCGCUAGACAGAUCAACCAGCAUUGCUGGAUUAGAUUCCCUGUCGGGUAUGAUUACUUCCGCAGAUCCUGCAUUCGACCAGAUGGCCUCUUGCGUCUACCCGAUUUUCGGCGGCGAAACAUACAACAACCGCUCCCCCUUUGCGAUGGCCGAUGACUUCACCGCGUGGCUGUUCAAUGAACCUGUUCCGGGAUUGUCGUCCUUGGCCUAUUCUCCCACGGCUUCCGUGAUGCCGAACUAUCUGGAUCCGACACAGCUGCAGAAUCAGUUCCUCAUCAGCGAGCCAGCGUUCGGCAGUUUCCUGAACGGCGUCCUUCCGCAACAUCCAAUGAGUGUCACCAGUAUCUUGGAUCCCGGUUCGCCCCAGGCGAUCAUGUCGGAGGAGAAGCGACAGGAGUUGCUACAUCUCAUGGCCACUCGAUUUAACGAAGCCGCCUAUUCAGCAGUGGCAAAGCGCAAGGAUGCUCUGAUGGAUGGAGAUGUUGACGAUGACAGCCAUGUUCUGAGCUUGCGCAUGAUGCAGACAUAUAUCGGCUCUUACUGGUAUCACUUUCACUCGCAGCUCCCCAUUCUGCACCAACCUACAUUUGUCGCGGAUAAGGCGCCAAAUCUACUUCUCUUGGCCGUCAUGGCCAUUGGAGCAGCCACCCUUGACAACAUCCAUGGGCAAGAGGUAACCGAGACGGCUGCGGAACUGGCCAACUUCAUAGGGUGGCAUCUACGGUGGGAGAUUUUCAUGGAUGCUGAUUUCCGACCGCCCGCCAAGCUCUGGGUUUUCCAGGCUUUACUCCUGCUCGAGGUCUUUGAAAAGAUGUACUCGACUCGCGCAUUGCAUGAGCGCGCGCAUAUUCAUCACGACACCACCCUGACGCUGAUGCGUCGCGGCAGCUCGUUGAUCGGCCGCUCCGCACUCGACUCACCCGCAAGCUUCAGAGAUGACCGGCAGACUAGGUCCACGACAGGAUCUGCUUCGAAUUCGGAAUUUGCUGCAGACGAUUCCUGGACACACUGGAUCAAGGCGGAGGCCACCAGGCGGGUUGCAUUUGCGGCCUUUGUGCUGGAUUCUACCCACGCCACUAUGUUCGGGCAUUCGGCGAAGAUGGUGGCCCAUGAGCUCCGGCUCCCGCUGCCCUGCGACGAAGCCUUGUGGUCCGCCACCAGUGCCGCCGAAGUUGCGCGCGUUCAAUCUAGCCUGCAUGCAAAUGGUGUGAAGCCGACCAUGUUUCUCGACGGGCUCAAAAAGACGCUCAACGGACAGCGUGUUACCACGAAUGCCUUCGGGCGCACUAUCCUGAUGGCCGGUCUGCUUAGUGUCAGCUGGCACAUGAACCAGCGCGACCUGCAAGUCAGCUCGCUGGGCGUUCCGCAGGCUCUCGGUGGACGGGACAAAUGGCGAUCAGCCCUUCUGCGAGCUUUUGAUAACUGGCGGCGCGACUUUGACGAGGCCCUGGCUCAGGCAGGACCUCCUCCGUUCCCUAAUCAAUACCGGCGGCAUUCCCUCGAAGACGAGGGCGUCUCCGAGUCUCGGGAUGUCCUGCAUGGACUGGCUCACAUGGCCUCGCAUGUCGACAUUGUGGACUGUCAGAUAUUCGCAGGAGCGGGUCGACUCAUGGGGCGGUCGAUUACUCCACGGGACUACAGCGCUGCCCGUGAGAAGAUGACCGAACGAUGGGCCACCAAGGCGUCAGCGCGAGACGCGACGUUUUACGCCCUCAAGUUUCUCUCCCAAUGUCUUUUGAAUAGCCGGAGUGUAUCCGAAGAGACCGGAACCUACUCCGGACGCGAUGACUAUCUGCUCAACCGGCCAUGGGUCAUCUAUGUCGCAGUGCUGGUCGUCUGGUGCUAUGGAUAUGCGCUCGAUGGGCCGAUCGCCUCGCCUCCAGCGCUGGAAACGGUAGCUGAACAGCGACGCGACAUGGAAGCCUUUCUCCGCCGGGUAGGCGGGGUGCGUGAGCCCAACGAGUUGGCGACGAUGAAGGGUCGCAACCAGUGCCUCGGCCUGUUGAUGAUUCUGCGAGAUGGCUUCGCCAACACUCGGUGGGAGCUGCUCUCGGAAGCAUCCAGCCUGUUGCAAAGCUGCAUCAACAAGCUGCGGAACCAGACGACGCGGACGAGCUGA